AGGAUGUUGGGCGCAUGCGUAAUUGUUGUUUUGAGGUCAAACGUGUCAUGGCUGCGCCCUAUGCGCACAUGUGUGCCGUCACCUGAGCGGGAAACCGGCACCCCGACCCAACGCGGCGAGUGAUAUGCGUGAGGCCAUGCCCGCUCAGUAAGGCGAGCUCUGCGGCCCGAUAAGAGUCACCCCUAUAUGAGAUGAAAGUGUGGACAUGUUGCGUGGAACAUGCAGCGCCUGUGGGUUAGGUGUAUACGCUGUGUAGUGCCCCAUCUGUCCCCCCAGCGGCUCCCGGCCAGGGGCUACCGCCUCGCCAGCUGCCUAAGGAAGCAAGAUGGCCGGAGCCCCCGUAAAGCCAUCCAGGUGCCGGGGGAACCAAUUCGUAGGCACUUUAAGAAGGGUCUCCUGACUGUGUUGGACGGCUCCCUGCAGCCGGUAACUGUGACGGAAAUCCGCCAGUAUCUCCGCUCCAAGAACGUGUCGUUCCGCGAUGGGUACAGCUGCCUGCACGUCCCCAGCCCCUUCACCCCGGAGCGGGACACCUGCCUCUUCAUUGACAAGACCACCGGGCGCUUCCUGUGCAAGGCCACACUGCUGGAGGGCAGCUGGGAAGACUUCCAGGACAGCAUGGAGCUGCUGCACAAGGAAGGCUGCUCCUACCUGAGCCCGGACAUCCUGGCCGGGUACCUGGCGGAGAGUGACUCGGACUCGGCGGAGGCUCAGCUGAAUGACAGUGAGGUGCGCAGGAUCUGGGACAAGGCCGUGUGGUUUUCUGACCUGGGGGAGGAGGAGGCCGAGCUAAUCAAGGCAAUGUACAACAUUACAAAGAUUGCCAACAGCACCCUUAAGAAGUUCGGGGUGAAGUGUUUCCAGCCUACCAAAAGCCUGGUGUUCCCAUGGUAUAACCCCAGGGAUUUCAGCCUGAAUGGCUUAAAGUUACUGUCUGCAGAGAGCCAUAAGCAGAAGAUCCAUUACACUGAAACCACCUUCCCAAGACCUGCCCGCUACUACAAUCUCUUUGGCCUCUGUGUCUCAGGAAAGAAGGAGACGGAGGUGGUGAUCACUAACGGUGAAGUGGACUGUUUAGCGAUACACCAGUCUACUGGGGUAACCACCUUAGCGCUGCCUAGGGGAGCCUCUUGCCUCCCCCCUGUCCUCCUACCCUAUCUGGAGCAAUUUAAGCGUAUCAUCCUGUGGCUAGGGGACGACCUGCGCUCCUGGGAAGCCUCCAAAUUGUUUGCUCGCAAAUUAAACAUGAAGAGAUGUUCCUUGAUCCGCCCUGGGGACAAGCAGCCCAGUCCUUUGCAGGCCCUUAAUGAUGGCUUGAAUAUCACUAAAAUCCUAAAGGCCUCUCUUCCUGCCAGCCACAAAUCUAUCAUCUCUUUCCGCCAACUCAGAGAAGAGGUAUUUGGGCAGCUGGAGAAUGCAGAUCAGGUUGCCGGAGUAAAAUGGGCACGAUUCCCCGAGCUCAAUAAACUUCUUAAGGGACACCGCAAAGGGGAACUGACUGUAUUUACAGGCCCAACUGGUAGUGGAAAAACAACAUUCAUCAGCGAGUAUGCUCUGGACUUGUGCAUCCAGGGGGUUAAUACAUUGUGGGGCAGUUUUGAAAUUAACAACGUGCGUCUGGCCAAGAUCAUGCUGACCCAGUUUGCUCUGCAGCGCUUGGAGGAGCAGCUGGACAAAUACGAUGAGUGGGCAGACAGAUUUGAGGACUUGCCUCUUUACUUUAUGACUUUCCACGGACAGCAAAAUAUCAAAUCUGUCAUCGACACCAUGCAGCAUGCCGUGUAUAUGUAUGAUAUUACCCAUGUGAUCAUUGAUAACUUGCAGUUCAUGAUGGGGCAAGAAAACCUUUAUACUGACAGAUUUGCUGCUCAGGACUACAUGGUUGGGGCUUUCAGGAAAUUUGCUACAGAUAAUAAUUGCCAUGUAACCGUAGUCAUUCAUCCCCGGAAAGAAGAUGACGACAAGGAACUGCAAACCUCAUCAAUUUUUGGCUCUGCAAAAGCGAGUCAGGAAGCCGAUAAUGUUCUCAUACUCCAGGACAGAAAGCUGGUAACUGGCCCAGGCAAGAGACACCUGCAGGUGGCAAAGAACAGAUUUGAUGGAGACGUUGGGGUCUUCUCCCUGGAAUUCAACAAGCCCUGUCUUUCCUUUGCUUCCACUAAGGGCAAGCAGAAAGUUAAGAAACUCAAUAAAGACGCUGAGACACCAAGUUCUAAAGCAUCAGAGGAAACACCAGCAAAAAAUAAGAAAUAAAAUUCUUUUGUAUAUGUUUAUGUUCUUAUUGCACUUAAGUUCCGUGUUUUUGGGCAACGUUUUAUUCCUCAGACCUGCAUCCCAGCACAUUCCAAGCGUGUCCUGCUGUGCUCCCAAACACGAACUGUGUCCAGCAUUUCAAUUUGCCAUCACUCUGGCUGCCAAGCCAGACCCAGGGGAAGAACAGAAUAGUAUAGCCUGAUAGCACUGUUAUACAGCAACAUUACUCCAUAGGGGUAAUGAGAGACAUUUAUAUUUGUGUGACAAAUAAUGUUCUGAGUUAAUCUGAAUUGUAGGUGAACUUGAUAAACAGUAGAAGGAAUCGGAAAGUGUUUACGGUGUUCAGGCUACAGGAUAGGCUUCAUAAACAUCGUUGGAUAGGAUACCAUGCAAUGUUGUAGCACAGGGGUCUCACACUAAGAGCCCCCACGCUCUUGCAACUUAGCUGGAAGCCUCAGUCUCCAAUGUGGGGCAUUUAGAUUUUGCACACCUCCUGGGCUGGGGCAAGAGCUGGGUUUAUAGCACAAAGCUGCCCACCAUGGAAUUUUGUGACAUAGUGUAGCUGAAGGUGCUAUACACAUGUCCUUAGCAGUGCUCUUCAGUACCCAACUGGAAACUUUUGGAGGUGCUUAUAGACUACAUAAUGUAGUACCUGUCCAAUUUAUUGGUCUGCCCCUGCUGCUAAAUAAAUCUCUAAGUCCACCAAUCAUGCUGAAAUAGUGCAUUUAAUAUCCCUUAUAUGUGAGGACUUUCAUAAACUGAAAACCAAUAGAUACAUAGUGGAUCUUUCAUAUGCUGACAAUAAGAUUACUUGUAUUACUUCCUCCUAAACUAGGGGUCUCUAUACAGGAGCUGGAGGGCCACCGUUUGAGAAUUCCUUAGUAUUUCAUCUGCAGGAUGGGUGAGGUUUCUGGGCAUGGAAAAAUAUUUUGGACAGCAUUGACUUUCUUUAUUCAAAGUAGUGUGUUUUAUAUCCUAUUUAUAUUUUAACUGUAAUCGUAUGUCUGUUGAAGCAAUGCUAUUACAAAUAUGUUUGUUUAAAAAAAAAAAAAAAAAAUGCAAAUGUGUAAUUUGUCAAAUUAUUCUCUCUUUUAAUUGUACUGAACAAAUAUCUGGAAAGGUGAAUCAGCCCACUGUAAGGGUCUCUCCCAUAUUUGUCACUGAAUGUUCCAUGCUUUAUUCACUUCUGUUUCUGUGCUUGACAGAUGAUCUUCCCAGGACUGUGCUCUAAUGGAAGUGACAUAUAUAUGGAAUUACAUCGCUGUGACUGAUGCCUUUAGUUACCAAACCUGACACUGUGAAGUCCAUGUUAUAUUAUGUUAGAAACAUCCUAGGAGAUCCUGGGUUGAUCUGACAACCAUAUAUUAUUUUUCUAGUCCGUUACCGUCACACUUUAAUAUAUUGUUACAGGUAUGGGGAUCUAUUGCCUGGAAACCUAUUCUCAAGAGAGCUCUAAAUACACUAAUGCCAUUU